GAACAAUUUUUUUUAUAGUCAAAAAUAGGUUGUUUUCCUUUUUAGAGAUUUUUUAGGUGCUUCGAAAAGUUCUUUUCGCGUUUAUUCUUCUCCAAAGGAAAGAUCACUGAAGGAAAGUCUCGAUUCAAGAUUGCGUGAAUUAAUCCCUAAUUGCACUUCGAUUUUUUUAACGUAUCGAGAAUUAGGACGUGGAGACCACCCUGACUAAAAGUGGCAGCCCUGGCCAACCUCAGCAAGUCUUAAAAAUUGUUUUACGAAGCAUCAAAGGGCUCGGAGUGGAAGAGUUAUUGGAGAAACAAUUGAGCUAGGUUACAAUCACCAGCUUUGUGUACUUUGCAUGUUGUUAAGGAGUGGAAGAGUUAUUGGAGAAACAAUUGAGCUAGGUUACAAUCACCAGGUAAGUGUGGCUGGACUUGACUCUUUUAAUUUCCAAACGUGUGAAGCUGUCCUUGAGUCUGGUUGUGAAGUUUCCAAUGUGUUUGUUGCUGAUUCUGAAUCUGAUUUUGAGACAAUAUUUGGAAACCUUUUUGAAGUCAAACCUGAACAAAAAAUGGCUACUUUGAAAGAACUUGCUGCCCCUGAUUUAAAUGUUCAACCUUUGGCUAUUACUUACACUGAAUUGGAAAAACCUUUAAAGCUGAAUUCUGGGUUUAUAAAUCUUCUGCCUAAGUUUCAUGGUCUUCCUGGAGAGGAUCCCUUCAGAAACAUCUCUGAAUUUCUGAUUACAUGCGGUGCUAUGGUGCCUGAAGGGGUCGCUCAAGACCAAAUUAGGUUGAGAGCUUUUCCUUUUUCCUUACGUGAUAAAGCUAAAUAUUGGUUGUAUUAUAUGCCUGCUGGUUCUUUUACAACAUGGAAUGCUUUACAUAAGGCUUUCUUAGAGAAAUACUUCCCAGCCUCUAGGAUAGGGUCUAUUAGGAAGGAUAUCUGUGGGGUCAAACAAAUGAUAGGACUCCUCCCCACUGAUAGGAAUAAUGUUGAUGCUGCAAGUGGAGGAGCCCUUGUUAACAAAACCCCUACUCAAGCUAGGGAGCUUUUUAACUUGAUUGCUCAAAACACCCAACAAUUUGGAACAAGAGAGACACUGGUUAAAAAGGACAAUGAACUUGAAAGUAAAUCAAUUGAACAAAAGCUUUCUGAACUCACCUUUAUGAUGUCAAAACUUGUUUCUGGGGGUGGGAAUGUUAGGGGAAUCCAUUGUGGAGUGUGUUGUCUAGAAGGGCAUGCAACUGAUGCUUGUCCAACCCUUCAAAAUCCUGAAGUCAAUGCUGUUUUUUAUAAUAAUCAACAAAGAAAAUAUGAUCCAUAUUCAAAUUCUUAUAAUGAGGGCUGGAAGGAUCAUCCAAAUCUCAGAUAUGGCCCUCCACAAAACAAUACUCAGAAUUUUAAUCAAGCAAAUAGAGGAAAUCUGAAUUUAAAUCAUCAACCUAGCCAAGAUAGAAGUGCCCAGAUGCUUGAACAAAUUCUCAAGAAAAUGGAUGACAAGUUUUCAAGUUUUGAUUCAACUCUUAAACAAGUUCAAGAAAAACAAACAGCUACUGAUGUGAUAAUAAGCAACUUGCAGGCUCAAAUGAAUCAAAGAAUCCCUUCUCAGCCUUUUCCAAAUCCAAAAGAAAACAUAAGUGCUGUGGUUUUAAGGAAUAAGAAACAAUUGCCUGAACCUAAGGGUAGGGAUAAGUUUGAGAGUGAGAAAGAAGUACCUAAAGUUGUGAAUCUUGAGUUAGAUGAGGCUACUGUUCCAAACUGCAGUUCUCAUGGGGCUGAAACAGUGGGAGAAACACCUGGGAAUGACACCCCAGUUCAAGGGGAAAGGGUAGAAGACAUGGUCAGACCUAAAGCUCCCUUCCCGACUUUGUGUACUUUGCAUGUUGUUAAGGAGUGGAAGAGUUAUUGGAGAAACAAUUGAGCUAGGUUACAAUCACCAGGUAAGUGUGGCUGGACUUGACUCUUUUAAGUUAAUUAUUAUCGUUUACGUUUUUAUAAAGUUUAAAGUGUUUU